AAAAGGAAAGAGGAACAUACUAAAAUGUCACCUGAAGUUGCCUUGAACAGAAUUUCUCCAGCGCUCUCACCCUUCAUUUCCAGUGUGGUCAGAAAUGGAAAAGUAGGACUGGAUGCUACUAAUUGUUUACGGAUUACAGACUUGAAAUCUGGCUGUACAUCCUUGACCCCUGGACCUAACUGUGAUCGGUUCAAGCUACAUAUCCCUUAUGCUGGAGAAACACUCAAAUGGGAUAUAAUUUUCAAUGCUCACUAUCCUGACCUGCCACCAGAUUUUAUCUUUGGAGAGGAUGCUGAAUUUUUGCCAGAUCCUUCUGCCUUACAUAAUUUAGCUGCUUGGAAUCCUUCAAACCCUGAAUGCCUGCUGCUUGUUGUGAAAGAGCUUGUGCAGCAGUAUCACCAAUUUCAGUGCAGCCGAUUACGUGAGAGCUCUCGUCUCAUGUUUGAAUAUCAGACUUUACUGGAAGAGCCCCAGUAUGGAGAAAACAUGGAAAUCUAUGCUGGCAAGAAAACCAACUGGACUGGAGAAUUCUCAGCUCGCUUCCUCUUGAAGUUGCCUGUAGAUUUCAGCAAUAUUCCUACAUACCUUCUCAAGGAUGUGAAUGAAGAUCCUGGAGAAGAUGUUGCACUUCUUUCUGUUAGUUUUGAGGAUGCAGAGGCUACUCAGGUUAUUCCUAAGUUGUAUCUCUCCCCACGUAUUGAACAUGCACUUGGAGGAUCAUCUGCCCUUCAUAUCCCAGCCUUUCCUAGUGGAGGUUGUCUUAUCGACUAUGUACCACAAGUAUGCCAGCUGCUAACAAACAAGGUACAAUAUGUUAUUCAGGGAUACCAUAAGAGAAGAGAGUAUAUUGCAGCUUUCCUGAGUCACUUUGGAACUGGUGUGGUGGAAUAUGAUGCAGAAGGCUUCACAAAGCUUACUCUGCUGCUGAUGUGGAAAGAUUUUUGCUUCCUUGUUCACAUUGACUUACCCCUCUAUUUUCCUCGAGACCAACCAACCCUGACAUUUCAGUCUGUCUACCACUUCACUAACAGUGGCCAGCUGUACUCCCAGGCCCAGAAGAAUUACCCUUACAGCCCCCGCUGGGAUGGCAACGAAAUGGCCAAGAGAGCAAAGGCAUAUUUCAAAACGUUUGUCCCUCAGUUCCAGGAGGCAGCAUUUGCUAAUGGGAAGCUUUAG